CAGCGCGCGCUCUUCUUCUCUAGUUUCGAGUUUGAUUCCAGUGCUCUUUCAAGGAAUUUCUCGUUUCGUUUGAAUCGUUCGAUCGCAACCGUCGCCUUCUAUCAUGGCCAGGGACAAUCUCACCGCUAUUCUCUAUGGUAUCAAUGACAUUCGAUUGGAACAAACUCCUAUCGACGAGCCUGGUCAGGAUGAGGUACUGCUCAAAAUGGCGUGCGUUGGAAUUUGCGGUUCCGACGUGCAUUACCUCGUGCAUGGCCGAAUAGGCGACUUUGUAGUACACAAGCCCAUGAUCAUAGGUCACGAAGCCUCCGGAGUAGUUACCAAGCUUGGAAAAAACGUGAAGCAUUUGAAGGUCGGCGAUCGAGUGGCGAUCGAACCCGGCGUACCAUGCAGAAUGUGUGCAUACUGUAAAGAAGGACGUUACAAUUUGUGCAAGGAUAUUAUAUUUUGCGCUACGCCUCCGGUCCACGGCAACUUGAGACGUUUCUACAAACACGCAGCCGACUUCUGUUACAAGCUACCGGACAACGUCACGUUGGAGGAGGGAGCAUUAUUGGAGCCUCUAUCGGUCGGAGUGCACGCUUGCAAACGCGCGAACAUCGGCAUCGGUUCGAAGGUGUUGAUUUUGGGCGCUGGACCGAUCGGUCUGGUCUCGUUGUUGGUAGCCAAAGCUAUGGGUGCCAACAAAAUUGUCAUUACCGAUCUGGUGCAAAACAGACUGGACGUCGCUAAAAAGCUUGGCGCCGACGAAACGCUUUUGGUGAAGAGGGAAUACAAGGAAGAAGACGUCGUGAAGAAAGUUCACGAUCUCUUCGGGGAAGAACCCGAUAAGUCGAUCGACGCCUCCGGAGCCCAGUCGUCUAUUCGCUUAGCGAUCCUCGCGACCAAGUCCGGCGGUGUGGCAGUUUUGGUAGGAAUGGGCGCCCCGGAAAUCCAAGUACCAUUGAUCAACGCUCUCGUAAGAGAAGUGGAUAUCAGAGGCGUCUUUCGAUACGCGAACGAUUACGACGACGCGCUGAAUCUCGUGGCUACUGGUAAAGUGAAUGUGAAACCAUUGAUAACUCACAAUUACAAAAUGGAAGAUACCGUGGCAGCUUUUGACACUGCCAAGUCGGGACAAAGUGACGUCAUUAAGAUCAUGAUCCAUUGCGAUUAGAGGAACAAGGAACGAAGGAAAAGAGAGCAACCCUUAGUCGCGCCUUUUAUGUAAUGACAAAAUUCGGCGAUAGUGAAAUCUUUACGAAUAUUGGCAAACUGCUUGUUCGAACGAAUCGAUACUAGGAUAUUGUAUUUAAUUAAACUAUUAUGCCGAAUGAGACGCGUCAGGCACGCGUUGACUAUGAGAAUUAUUUUAUUGCAAACGUGGAACGACUGAAAAUCGAUUAACGCGUGUAAUGAAAAUUUUUUUAAAGAUUUUAUCGUGCCGUGUCAUUACUUUCAAAGAAUAUCGUAUGAGAUCAAAAAUAUAAUCUGGUCGAUUUCUUCAUUCAUAAAGAAUAAAAUGUUCCUGUUACCGUUAAUUAAAGUUAAAAUUUGAAUGUUGGAAUGUUAACUGAGUUGCAAAUAUACCCGUUAAGUGUUUUAGUAAAUAAAAAAACUCUGUUGGUUGUUGGUAUCUUGA